UGGUGCAGGUUCCAAGAUGGUGUAGAGGAGGUUGGGGAGGAGUCUGGAAUCCCGAGGGGUUUCCUUUGGUAUCUUUGUGGAACUCAGGUCCAAGAGACUCAGAGAGGGUGGUGCACUCCCUCCCUCCUGGUGCUGGAGAGGGGGAGUUGGUGUCCCCAGGUGGCUGGGAGGACCACACCCCUGUUUGGCAGGGCUUGGGGAGUGGGUGCAGGCUUUAGCUCUCCUCACCUCCUGGGUCCCAAAGCCGUGAGCCCAGGAAGCUGGCCCCGCCCCUCCUGCUGGCUAUAGCAAGGGUUAACCACCCGCCGGGCUGCGUCCUCCUGUGUCCUGUUACUGCUGAGACAGACUUGCUGGGCCAGCUGAGCAACUUUCCUCCUGAGUGUCGCUUGCCUGCUGGUGUCUAGGAACUGACCGGGCUGAGGCAGAGCUGCAGCCCGUGGUGGGGGGCGGACCCUGCACUGCCCUGCUGAGGGUCUGCGCCCCUUGUGGAUGGCUCUGGAGCUGCUGCCGAGGCCGUGCAGUCCCUCUGCUGCGUUGGUCUCAGGGUCUCUGCAGAGGCUGCUCGGGCCGGGGCCGGGGCCGGGGAGCCCACACUGGAGGACCUGAGAAGUUCUCCUUGGGACCCCAAGUGGAGGGAGAGAGCGCCUACUCUAACCCCCGUCCCCCAGUCCCCAGCCCCUGCCUUCUCCCAGCUCAGAAUGGGCCUCGGGCUCCGGCUGCUCGGUGUCCUUCCGGUGCCCAGCAGGGUCCAGCUCAAGGUCACUGCGUCCCAUGUGGAGACCGCAGACACGGCCGCCCUGCUGAGUGCACGGCGGCCCACCCUUCAGGACAGUGACCUCUCGAAGGUGGCCCUCGGCCCUCCAGCUCCGGUGGGGGCGGGGGCCGCCCACCCCCAAGUCCCCAGCCAUGACCACCUCUGCGCUGCGACGCCAGGUGAAGAACAUUGUGCACAACUACUCGGAGGCGGAGAUCAAGGUGCGGGAGGCCACCAGCAAUGACCCCUGGGGCCCACCCAGCUCACUCAUGGCGGAGAUCGCCGAUCUGACCUUCCACACGGUGGCCUUCGCCGAGGUCAUGGGCAUGCUGUGGCGGCGGCUCAAUGACAGCGGUAAGAACUGGCGGCACGUGUACAAGGCGCUCACGCUGCUGGAUUACCUGCUCAAGACGGGCUCGGAGCGUGUGGCCCACCAGUGCCGCGAGAACCUCUACACCAUCCAGACGCUGAGGGACUUCCAGUACGUGGACCGCGACGGCAAGGACCAGGGCGUCAACGUGCGUGAGAAGGUCAAGCAGGUCAUGGCUCUGCUCCGGGACGAGGAGCGGCUGCGGCAGGAGCGCACACUCGCCCUAAAGACCAAGGAGCGCAUGGCGCUGGAGGGCGCGGGCAUUGGCAGCGGGCAGCUGGGCUUCCCUCGGGGCUCCCCGUCCUCCUACCACUCUGCCACCUCAUCUCCCCGCUACGCCUCGGACCUGGAGCAGGCGCGGCCCCAGACAUCUGGGGAAGAGGAGCUGCAGCUGCAGCUGGCCCUAGCCAUGAGCCGCGAGGAGGCCGAGAAGCCGGUCCCCCCAGCCUCCCACAGGGACGAAGACCUGCAGCUGCAGCUGGCCCUGCGCCUGAGCCGGCAGGAGCACGAGAAGGAAGUGAGGUCCUGGCAAGAACAGGACUCUCCAGUGGCCAACGGUCCAGGGGCCGCUACUCGACGUCGGAGGGACAGGGAGCCCGGGAGAGAGGAGAAAAAGGAGGAAGAGAAGCUGAAAACCAGCCAGUCCUCCCUCCUGGACUUGGCUGACAUCUUUGUACCUGCCCCAGCGCCCUCCUCCACACACUGCUCUGCCGACCCGUGGGACAUUCCUAGUGGGCACACAGGUCUCAGGCCGAGCGCAGAGCCCAGCGGCUCCUCCUGGGGACCUUCUGCAGACCCCUGGUCUCCAGUCCCCUCCAGAAAUGUCCUGUCCCGAAGCCAGCCUUGGGACUUGCUUCCCACUCUCUCCUCCUCAGAGCCCUGGGGCAGGACCCCAGUGCUGCCUGCUGGACCCCCUGCCACGGACCCCUGGGCACCAAACUCUCCCCACCACAAACUCUCCAGCACUGGGGCUGACCCUUGGGGCGCUUCCAAGGAGCCCUUGGACACACCUGCUGUAGGUGGUGUCUCAACCUUCGACCCCUUUGCCAAAACCCCAGAAUCCACAGAGACCAAGGCAGAGCUGCAGGGUGCCCAGGUUGCGCCCUCUGGGAAGCCCGGCAGCCCUGUGGAUCUGGACCUGUUCGGAGAGCCCAGCCCCAGUUCCAAGCAGAAUGGCACAAAGGAGCCUGACACCUUUGAUCUGGGGGUGCUGGAGGAUGCACUGUCACCUGCACCUCCAAGUAAAGAGACCCCUGCACGUCGCACUCCAGAGUCCUUCCUGGGUCCCUCGGCCUCCUCCCUGGUCAACCUUGAUUCACUAGUCAAGGCGCCACAGGCUGCAAAAACCAGGAACCCCUUCCUGACAGGUCUGAGCACUCCAUCCUCCACCAACCCAUUUGGUGCGGGUGAGCAGAUUGCACCCACCCUGAACCAGAUGCGCACCGCGUCGCCUGUGCCCAUCGCGUCCAUCGGAGCACCCCUGGGUUCCAUGACCUACAGCGCCUCCCUGCCCCUUCCGCUCAGCAGCGUCCCAGUUGGCAGGACCCUCCCUGCCUCCGCCAGUGCAUUUCCUCAAGCCAGUGCCUUUGCCCCACUGGUCCCGAGCCUGCCGCCGCCGCCGCUGCCCAUGUCCAGCUCGGCUGGGCCACUGGAUGCAUCCCGGCAGGCAGGCACCAACCCCUUCCUUUGAUUGCCUCGAUGGCUAUGGCGCUGAGGCCCCGCCCCUUAGGGCCUGGCCGGGCGCUUGUGCAGAUUGCGCACUAAUUGGGUUUCCGUGGAUCACUGACAGCUCGUGAAGCUAGAGAUGGACCUCUUCGUGGGACAGCCUCACAAUAAAGACUGGAACCAGGGUCCCCAGCUUUCACCAACUGGACUUUUUGCCAGGUGUGGCAGCUGGGUCUGGACCACAGCACCAAUCACCCGCUGUGGAAGAAAUGUGCAAAAACACUCCGGUUUCCCUUACAGUGCCAUCCCAGCUCCUACCAGCCUGGCACUUCCGUUUCCAGAUGUUCCCUGGUUGUGGCUCAUUCGUUACUUACAGGCACUGGGGAUGGUCUGACAGCCAGGGAGAGCAAGGACUUGUUUUAUAAUACUGCACACUCGUUAGUGGGCUAAGCACUUUAGGCAGAAAACUGUUUAAUCACGGCACUGGGGUUAAUAAUCCUAUUGCAUCCAGCAGGCCCAGCCACAGAAUUUGUUGUAUCCAGAGCAAAAUGCAAACGCAAGGCUUCUGGCUCAAAAUUGGAUCAAGAUUUUUUUAAAAAAACUUUUUCGAGACAGGUUCUCAUAUUGUAGUUUAGGUUGGUCUUGAACUAUGUAGCCCAGGCUGGCCUCCAAACCGCAGCGACCCUCCUGCCUCAGUCUUCCAAAUCCUGGGAUUACGGGUGUGCCACACUAUGCCCCCAGCCCUACGAAUUUCAAAACAAGGCAACAGAACAUGAGGGCAAUUGCACUGGUCUCCCUUGUGGCUGCCAUUUAUAGAAGAGGUUGAGAGACAUGCUCCAAGUGACAAAGGAACAAAACUAGGAUGCUGAGGGUUGGGGCUUCCGAGUCCAGUCCGGCAGUCUGGUGCCGCAGCCUGGAGCUCCUGGACUGGGCCCCAGGCUUAAUUGAGCAUAUUGAUGCACUGCUGUGUAUAAAGUGCUGGGCUGUGAGGGGCCCAAGAACUGCUGAGCUCGGUGGAUACAGGAGGCCAGGCAGGCUGCCUCACAGGACAGAGCCCAGCCCGGAGUCCCCUGCUGUUUGUGCCACUGAGUCAUUGUGAUUCAGUGAGCUCCCUGCCACCUUCUCCUGGGCCCCACUGGCAAAUCAGCAGCUGCAGCCCUCGCUGUGAGGCUGUGAGACUGAACCCUCCCAGGCGCAGGCAGAGUUUACAGAGGCAAAGGUGGGCCGAGCCUGCUACACCCUCCGUUCUCCCUGAGCGGCUCCCCAGUCACUGUCACUCACUGCUAACGAUGUCCCUAUCACUAAUGGGUCCUCAUUCUCAGGGAUCAGCCCCGCAGGUACCUGCUUCUCCCCCCAUUCCCUUUGGGGGCCAGAAAUACCAGGGCUGGGGCUGCUGUGCACGGGCUGGACAACGGAGUCUCCUGAGGAAUCAGACCCAAAGGCUCAAAACUGCUCUGUAGUUGGGUUUCAUGAAAAAACCUGCUUUGUUAAGUGGCUAUUCAGCCUGACCGCCAGUAAAUCACUUCGCCUCGGU